CGGGGCCCAGGUGACGCGGGUUGCCAUGGAGACGCGGCCUCCUGCCAUGGCGGAGCUGUCGGUGUUUGACGACACCCCCUUGCAGGCGGCCGCCAGGUACCGGGUGCUGGCCACCACCUUCAUCAAGGACCCCAGUCCCAGGAAGUUGUUCCUGGGGAACAGAGAAUACUGUAAGGACGAUAAAAAGCCGGCAAUGCUCCCAGUGGUGAAAAAAGUCCUACUGCGCAUAGUCAACGACGCUACACUCAAUCACGAGUAUCUGCCUACUUUGGGCCUGACAGAAUUCAACAAGGCAGCCACAGCCUUAUUAUUAGGCAAAGGUAGCAUUGCUAUUGUGGAGAAGCGGGCUGAGAGUAUACAGGUACCCGGAGGCAAUAGUGCUUUGUUCAUCGGCGCCCACUUUCUCCGUCAGUGGUACAGUAUAACCUGUCCUCAGCAAACUAGAGUGUAUAUCUCUAUCCCUUUCUGGGCGAAUCACGCAUCUGCCUUCUUUGAGGUCGGAUUUGAGAUUUAUGGCUAUCGUUACUGGAACAGUGAAAAGCUUUGCUUGGCCUUACCCUGGUUACUGGAGGACCUGGAGAAAGCACCAGAUUUCUCCAUUGUGUUGUUACACAUCGUAGCGCAUCAGCCAACAGCAACUGAUCCAACUCCAUCUGAAUGGAUGCAGAUUGCAGAGGUCAUGAAGAGAAAGCGCCUGUUUCCCUUCUUCUACUCAGCUGCUCAAGGUUUAGCUACAGGGGAUGUGCGGAGGGAUGCCUGGCCUGUACGACAUUUUGUCAAUGAGCGUUUUGAGCUGUUUUGUGCCCAGUCAUUUUCCACGAAUUUCACCUUGUACAAUGAAGGAGUUGGUAGCCUGACAAUAGUUUCCAGGAACAAUCAGACUCUUGUCUGCAUCCGAUCGCAGAUGGAAGCACUGGCAAGAAAUACAUGGUCAAACCCUCCAUGGUUUGGUGCCCGUAUCGUAGCAACAAUUCUUAAUAACCCAGCCUUCUUCGCUGAGUGGCAGGAAAAUCUGAAGAAAAUAGUCGAGCGCCUCAUGCUGACCAAGGAGAAACUGAAGGAAGAGUUGCGGACUCUGGGUACACCAGGUCCCUGGGAACAUAUCACCAAGCAGGUUGGCUUGUACAUUUUUCCUGGAUUCACAGGUUCUCAGCUUGACUACUUGAUGAAAAAGUUGCACAUUUACCUCUCCGCCAACGCUCAGAUCAACAUCAGCAAAGUGACCAGUCCGAACCUUGCUUAUGUGGCACGCUGCAUUGAUGAGGCUGUGGUCUCCAGUGCCAAAGAGAGCACACACAACAAAUAACUUUUGUGUAUUCAAGCCUUUUUCUUGUUUGUGUUCAUUUUCCAUGUUGACUGUGCAAGAUGAUAAAAAAAAAAAUGUUUUGAGGA